UGUAGGCUUAUUCAUCCAUCUAUCCCUCCCGUUCAAUUUUAGAACCGAAUCAGAGAUUGUGAUACAAAAACAAAUGAGAUACAAAAAUCUGAUGCUCCGAAUUUCAUCAACUAUUAAUAUUAUUACUAAUUUACUACCACUGCACUUUCCGUUUUCCAUCACAAUAAAAUUCUCCUCGUAAAUCAUCCAAAACCCCCCUAGAUUCAAUCUCGAUCUCCAUUUUCCUCUGUUCCGUAGCUGCUCAAUGCAAUGGUGGUCUGUAAAUGUCGUAAGGCGACUAAAUUGUAUUGCUUCGUCCACAAGGUGCCCGUUUGUGGGGAAUGUAUAUGCUUUCCAGAACACCAAAUUUGUGUGGUGCGUUCAUACUCCGAGUGGGUAAUUGAUGGAGAGUAUGAUUGGCCUCCUAAAUGCUGCCAGUGUCAAGCUGCCCUUGCUGAAGGAACAGACCCGCAAACUACUCGAUUGGGUUGCUUGCAUGUUAUACAUACAAAUUGCUUAGUUUCACACAUUAAAAGUUUUCCUCCACACACUGCUCCUGCUGGAUAUGUCUGUCCAACCUGUUCAACUUCGAUAUGGCCUCCAAAAAGCGUCAGAGAUUCAGGAUCUCGUCUUCAUUCGAAGCUGAGAGAAGCAAUUAUGCAGACUGGUUUGGAGAAGAACUUGUUUGGGAACCAUCCAGUUCCAUUGCAUGGAACAGAGUCCCGAAGUCCUCCACCUGCGUUUGCCUCAGAACCACUGAUUCAGGCCUCUGCUGCUGGAGGCGGAGAAUACAAUGGUGGAAAUUUUCCUUUUGGAAAAGAUGCGGCUUCUACUGCAAGACCUGUGGAUUUGGGUAUUGUGGAGAUAGAUGAACCUAGCUCAGCAACAUCAUCUUUACCUAAUCAUGAUUCCAAUUUCAUGAAAAGCACAAAUCCCGCUGGUGGUCCCGGUGCAACCACAAGAAAGAGUGCAGUGCAAGUUGAAAGGCAGAACUCAGAGGCCUCAUAUUAUGCAGAUGAUGAAGAUGGGAACAGAAAGAAGUACUCACGAAGAGGUACAUUUCGCCACAAGUUCCUUAGGUCGUUGCUUCCAUUCUGGUCAAGUGCAUUGCCAACUCUACCAGUGACUGCUCCGCCACAAAAAGAUGUCUCUCAUGCUGAUGAUGCCCCAGAAGGUCGUUUAAGACAUCGUAGGAGUUCAAGAAUGGACCCAAGGAAAAUACUCUUAGUUACAGCCAUCAUGGCGUGUAUGGCAACAAUGGGUAUUCUGUAUUACAGAAUUGCUCAACGCGGUCUGGGUGAUGAUCUGGGUGGUGAAGGGCUACAGUGACCAACCUUGAUGGGCUAUCACGACAUAUAUGGCGGUGCAGGCUAGGUUGGGGUGUUUUGAAUGAAGAAGAGAAAAUCUUGAGAAUUCUUUAUUUGAAAUAGGAUUUAUUGAAUUGUGUGUGAUAGAGCAUAAAGUACCAUGUUUUAGUAGUGUCCAUAAGAUCAUUUCGACCCUUAUUUCUCUUUUCCUUGCCUUCCCUCUAUAUGGAGUUUAGUGUCGAGGAGCUUUUCACGGCAAAUUGUUGAGAUCUGUAGUCAAAGUACAGUACGGUCGUCAUGUAAAAUUCUAGUUUAUACUGCAUUUUUAAUAUCUCCCCUCUCUCUCUCAUGAUAUAAUGCGGUUCACUUUUAGUUUU